AUGAAAUGGGCGGCUGUGUGUUGGUGUGUCUGGAAGGGGAGGAAUGAAGUGAUUUGGAAUAAUGUGGCUUGGUCAGUGACGUCCGAAACUGCAUCCUUUAACAGUAGUGGGUUUUUUGUCACAGCUCCUAUUACUACUGUUGUCUCUCCAGUCGACAAUGUUCUAAAAGUCUAUGUAGAUGCGGCUGUUUUUCCAGAUAUCAGGAGAGCAUUUUACGGUGUGGUUGUUAAUGAUGGACAUGGGGUUUUUGUAGCUGCAACUAAUGGUCACUUACAGUGCUUAGCUGAUCCACAUUUAGCAGAGGCCCUUGCAAUUAAAGAAGCUUUAUCAUGGUGCAAGGACAUAAAUUUUGCAAGGAUUUCUAUUUUCUCGGAUUGUCAGAUUGUUUGCAAUUUAUUUAAUGGUUCAUUGCCAGAUCAUUCAUAUGCAGGAUGUGUUAUUAAUGAGUGUAGAACUCUAAAACGACACUUUGAGGUGGUGUCUCUUCAGUUUAUUCAGCAAUCAACGAAUAAGUUAGCUCAUGCAUUAGCUCGGGCAGCUCGUUCUCAGUCUGAUUCUUCUAGUUGGUUUUCCUCUAUUCCGUUAUGUAUUGAAAAUUUUUAUUAA